AUGUCACUCAAAGGAUGGGGACUGCCAUUGCUUUUGGGAAGCAGCAUCUUUACACUGUAUUCCAUCGAUUGUUAUUUUAUUCAUCAGAAAUUUAUGGUUCGGAAUUUCAAUGAUGAUAUGGCGAAAGGUCAUGAAAAAGAGUCGAGUUCGGAGAAGGAAUUACCACCCUCUCAGAACAAUGUAUCAUUUCAACUUCCUAACAAGCAAUCCUCUCAACGAGGCAUGAAUGUACAAUUUGAUCAUUAUUAUUCUUUAUUCGAGCAUUCAGCAAUAACAGAAACGCAUCCCAAUGUUGAGGAGUAUGCUCGAGCUUUUUUCACUUCAAAAGCAUUUACACCAGAACGAUAUGUCUUAAAACUUGCAACCUCUUUCAGUAGUAAUGAACAGAAUAGACAAAAUUUAAACAUUGAGGAAAUUAAGAGGCUCAACUUUCAAAUUGGAGACCAAGUUGGAGUAUUUCGAGUUGUGGAUCGAAAUGAAAAUGAAAUUUUGUUCGAGACAGAGGUGGGAACUUUGACUUGGCUUGGAUUUUCGAAUAAUGGUCACAGUCCGAAUGGCAAAACAUUACAUUUCGGAAGUGCUGUUUUGAAACAAAAUUUCUUGGUGAAAGUAUUGACGCCAUUUCAUCACCUGUAUUCAAGAUAUUUACUUGGAUUUGCAAAACAACAGCUAAUGGACGAGCUCAGUACCAUGAAAUCGCGUCACAAUUAA